AUGUCGAGGAAGGAACUCCACAUUCCGUUUUUUGUUCCAGGGGCGUUCAUCUGCAAGUCCCGAACCAUCCCUCGGAGGUCGGAAGCCUCUUCCUUGAGGCAAUCGUUCUCCCGAACGACCCUCUCGUGGGUCUCGCCGAGGCCUCUGAGCCGGUCGGCUAGGCCUCGGUUCUCAUUUUUUAGGCGUACAAGGUGGGCCCACAGCUCGUCCAGGUGCCUCUGCUUCCUCAUCCUCGACCGGCGGGCCGACUCGCGGUUCGAGAUCAUCCUCCUCCGUUUGCGCUCGUCUAUCAAGUCCUCGUCCGAGGUCGAGUUGUUGCUCGGGCUUGGGCUCGGGUUUGGGUUUGGGCCCGGCCCGAAAGGUUGGUGGGUUGGGAAGUUGGUGAGUAGUUGUGGGUUGUGA